CACAGAGCUUUGCCAUGCAGGAAUCACAGGACUAUCAACUACUUCUGAAAAGGUCUUGGAUUCAACAUCACUAAGUUUUGGCACCCGAGUGAAGUGGUUUGCAAUAUGCUUUCUUUGUGGAAUUGGAUUUUCGAUCCUUGGGACUGCACUCCUUUUUAUUCCUUCUGCUGGAAUGAAACUUUUUGCUGUGUUCUAUACGCUAGGAAAUAUUGCUGCUUUAGCAAGCACGUGUUUUCUUAUGGGACCACUUAAGCAACUUAAGAAAAUGUUUGAGCCAACAAGAUUGAUUGCUACAAUAGUUAUGUUGCUCUGUCUAAUUUGUACCUUAUGUGCUGUUUUUUGGUGGCAAAAGAAAGGCCUGGCAAUUCUAUUUUGCAUUCUGCAAUCCCUGGCAUUGACCUGGUAUAGCCUGUCAUAUAUUCCCUUUGCAAGGGAUGCCAUCAUAAAGUGCUUUUCCAGUUGUUUGAAUUAAAGUGCAGGAAGAAGGUCUCUGCUGCAGAAAUCAAGGAAUAAAUAUUGUAAUAUGAACUAGGUUAAUAUUUUUUUUUUCCUUUACAAAAACAAAAUGUAUUUUUUGUAUGUAACAUAAUAUUGAUUAUUUACAUUUUCAUUUUUGCAAAAGCAAUGUUUUUUAUUUUUUAAUCAUUAUUUUAAUAAUGCAUAUUUAUACAGUAACAAAAAUAUUUGCACUUGUGAAAUAUGUUGACAAUAACUGCUUAUUCCAGGUUUCUUUUCUUCACUCCAAAACAUUUUAUUUUCUAUCCUUCACUAGCUUUCUUUGUAAAUAUUUAAAGCUUUAAUAAAUCUACUUGAUAUAAAUAUUA